AGUGUUCAUCAAUAAGAGCCUGAGGAACAUCUUGCGGAUUUGGUGGCCUAGAAAAAUCAGCAACAAGGAGCUUUGGAGACAAACAGGGCAGCGACCGAUAGAGCAAGAGAUAAGACAAAGAGCUUGGGGCUGGAUUGGCCACACGUUGAGGAGACCAGAUGGACACGUCGUCAAGAGGGCACUGGAGUGGAACCCACAGGGGAAGCGAAAGAGAGGGAGACCCCAGCACACCUGGUGACGUACGAGAAUGGCAGAGUUGGAGAGGAGACAUCUCGCGUGGAAUGAAGCAAAGUGCACUGCACAAAAUAGGGUUAGGUGGCGCGCUCUAGUUGAGGAGCUAUGUUCCAUUAGGAACGAAGAGGAAUAAGUAAGUAAGUAAGAGCGUAGACCAUGAAACAAUGUGCGGUCGAUUUCUUUUCCUACGACAAUUUUACCAGCGAAUUAGAGGGAGAGCACUAAAUUUCGCUCAAAAUCAACUCUCGAGAAUUCGUUUAUUGGCUACGGGGUGCCUCAUUUUCAUAGCCUACACUCCACAUCGACCAUAGAUACGACCUUGAGCGCACGAGAAUCCUAUUAGGUCUUAUAAAUACAUUCACAUUUGGCACAAAGUUCAUAUAUGACAUGCUGAACACCCACUAGCCUCCCACGCAGACGCUGUUAGGGCUCGUGACGUGUUCCUUCCCCACGAACGUGGGGAAGGAACGCGUGACAAGAGCGUGACAAAACCUAAGAGUGUCUGCGUGGGUAGCCUGUUCCAGGCUCUCGGUAAUUGGGCUCUCGGUAGCUGGGGACGAGCGAAAAAAGGGCGAGCGAGAGAAAAAAAAUGAGGGAGGACUAUGGCGAGGAUGGGAAGUCUUAGUCCUCCUUCGUUUUUCUCUCGCUCGUUUUCACUCGUCCCCAGCUACCGAGAGCCUGGAACAGGCUACUGCGUGGGAGGCUAAGCACCCACUGACAUAAUCGAAAACACAAAUUUGCAUAUCCUAGCAGGUUAAUGUUGCAUCCCUUAGUGAUAGAAAUUCAAAGAUACAAUUCACUGAUUUGCACAUAUAUCUUCACUCAACCGUGACAGUGCCUGAGUUUUCCUUUAGUCCGGCGCGACGAAUAACAUCUCCUAAAUGCAUCAGCAGCCGGUUAACAAGGGGAGUAAAUACACUUUAGGAGCCUUGCUAAAUCUCUUCAACAAACAGCGGGCUAAAGAAACGCGCUUGAAAGUCUUCACUUUUUAUUUGAUCUCAGUUCUGUUCGUAGUUUCGAUUUUAUACGCGUUGAGGUUUGCACUUCGACGAGCAAGACCUGAAAGAGUUAUUAGGAUUUUGUGUUUUGGUGAUUCGCUGACUGCGGGUUCUGGCAGGGCCACAAGGAGACGGCCUCAUCCUUAUUCAGCAAAGCUACAAGAGCGAUUUGACAACCAUGAUAAGACAGUGCUGGAUCCAUCAAUACGACCAAUCUUCCGAGUUGAUAAUGCAGGAAUCCCAGGAGAAAGAGCACAGGAUGAAAUGUUACCACGAUUAUAUCAAACUCUGCAACGCGCGAGAGCAAAGUACAGUUGGGUAAUUAUUCUUGGCGGCACAAAUGACUUGAGAAAGUACAGAGAAAACGCGGCUUCCUUCGACAUCGAAGAUUCCAAAUUAAUUUUCCACGCGUUAGUGAACCUUCACAAUAUUUCACAUACAUUUGGAGCGAAAACUGUGGCAGUGUCAGUUCCAGAUAGAGAAUGCGAGGGAUCGGGCACAUGUUUUUAUUUAAAGGAAAUACAUCUGAAAAUAAAUGAGCUCCUCAAAGAGUUCUCCUCUCGCAACAAUGAAAAGGUGAUUCUUGCCGAUCUAGCGAGCGAGGUUUUUCUCCCACGUGAUAAGAGGUUGUGGGGUGAUCCAAUCCACUUUAACAAACAGGGCUACGACAAAAUGGCGGAUGUUAUUUACAAUUCGAUGAAAGAACAUGUUUGAGCAAAUUUACAUCUCUGCAGGUUACUAAAAAGGCGGCUGAUGAAUUAGAACUGAGUUAUUUUAUUGAAAUUCCACCGUCAUAGUUAAAUAUUGUGAUCGAGAAAAGUGUAUAUGACUUGAUAGCCAGAGUUGUUGAUACAUUGCGAAAAUGUAAAACUCUCUCGAUCGGUGGAUCUCAUUAAAUAUGCUCUUUUCUUCCAUUGCUGUUCCUGAGAUAUUUUACCUCAUUAGGAUAGCACUUUGCAUUGAGAGUUUGACUCCAUAUAUUUCAAUAAGAACGGUGCAAAAUGGAAAAAAAUCGAAAAUCCUCAAACUUGGCCGGAGUGUUUGUCUAGUGGAACUACUCAGCUACUACGUGAGUGGCACCAAAUGACGAUUAAAGCGCGGUAUUACUUUUGUUUCGCGUUGUCAAAUUUCUUUGUACAAUGUUGUAUAAGUAGCCCAAAGUGUUUUGUUUAUAAUUCAGUUUCGUUGGCUUACAUGUUUAGGACACCACGUAUUGUACCAACUGGGUUGUUGUUAGUUUAUUUGCUCCCAAUUCAGCCGUUUAUUGUCAAGCCACAACUGAGAAAUUAACGGAAUAACAAAGAAAUCCCGAAAUUAAAUAUUCUGAUUGCGACCAAA